AGACAACUCAGUAUAAGGAAUUUCUAUAAAGAAAAAACAAAGGAUUUUAUUGGAAUGAUUUCAAACUGCAGAGAUCAAGCGCAGAGAUUUAAGCUUGUUUAUAAAUUGCAAAAAUAUUUAAAUAUUGACAUGUUUGGACGAUGUUACGAGAAGACUUGUGAAAGUGGUAUGAAAAUUGAAAACAAAAGUUGUGAGAAUAUCCUAAAGCAAUAUAAAUUUUACCUUGCCUUUGAGAACUCGCACUGUAAAGACUAUGUAACAGAAAAAUACUGGAACGCUUUAAAGCGAGAUCAAAUUCCUAUCGUUAAUUGGAAAAAUAUCGAUGAAGACAUUGUCAUACCAAAGUCCUAUAUCAAUGUUUAUGAUUUUAAUGACGUCAAAAGUUUCGUCACAUAUGUAAAAGCGGUAAGCUCAAAUGAGACGUUGUAUAACAGUUAUUUUCAGUGGAAAUUAAAGUAUAAAGACAAAGGGUCAUGUAUUUCUUGUGAGUUGUGUCAGAAGUUACAUCGUAACAGCUAUCAGAGGCAGGUGUAUUCCGACCUUGCUGGGUGGAUCAGUGAUGACUUUUGUCCGAAACUUACGAUUGUUAGCGAAAAGAUACAAAUUUUCAAGCAAUGGCUAUGGUCAUUUGGAAUAGACAUGCAAUAAUGGAGAAAUCAUUGUGGUGGAAAUGCAUGGAGAGAAAACAUGCGGAAGGCAUCCAAAAUCAGGGGAGUUAAUCGAUGCACGGUCGCCCGGAACAAGGGAGGUAAACGGAAAAAUGUCAUUUUGAGAGGAAAAACUCGUCCGAAAGAAAAGAAAUUAUUUUUUCCGCAUUGUCGGACAGGCUUUAAUUUUUCGUUUUACCUUGGCCAAUUAAGUACGAAUUGGACUAGUGGAUACGAGUUCGAUCAAUCAUUACAGGCGACAUUCUCGGAAACCCAUUCGUACUCGUAACUCGUGCAUGUAUACAUCAUUCGCAUUGGUGAAUGGUACUUAGCGGAAAUCGGGUACACAAUAUGGGUACUGACGGUGUACAACUUCAGAUCGAUCUAUCCCAAUGCUUUAAUAGUGAAAGUAACUCUGUUGAAAAGCUUUUCAAGUAGUUUCUGACACAUACCACAUUUCAAUGCUUGUUAUUUACGAAAAAUAGAAUACAGAGUGUGCACGUGACAAGGACAGAUACUCAUACUGUGAUACUGUGACUAAACUAAAUCUUUUGUGAAGUUACUUUAACGAUCAGUGAGAAAUGACAUCUUAUUAAGUGUUUUAAAAACUACACUAUGGACUCCAAUAUCACAUCUUCAAAUAAUUAGGCUUUGAACAGAGAUGUCAGAAAAAAAUGGUUGCUUAUUUUAAAAUAUCUGCUAAAAAAGAAUAUAUCAGUUUAAUUAAUUAUUUCACAGAUUACUCCAAGCUAUAAUCACUGUCACAGUGUAUGUCCAAUACUUCAUUUAUUGUCUAUUUAUUUAAUUGGACCAGGGUUUAUUUGAAAGAUGCUGAUAAUACAA